GUCGCUGGCGCCCCGCAGUUGCCCGCGCGCGCCCGGGGCGCCGCCCCCCCCGGGGGGCGGUCAUGAAGGCCUUCUGGCUGGGGAUGGUGCUGGAGCUCACCGCCACGCUGUUCGGCACACUUGGCAAGCAGCUGGUGUGCUACUCCAAGAGGGCCUCGGACAAGCGACGCCAACAGCUGAUCUGGGUCCUUGGCCUCGCCAUCACCACGUUCCUCGGCCCCCUGUCGGAGACUCCGCCGCUUACGCGCUGGCGGCCCAGUCCUUCGUGGCGCCCUUGAGCGGCCUAGACAUCGUGUGGAACGCGCUCUCUGCGCCAUUCACCCUGGAUGAGAAGCUCGCCAGGAUGGACGUCGCCGGGACGCUGCUGGUGUUCUUCGGGGCCGCCCUCACCGCGGUUCUGGGGCCGCACAAGGAACGGGAGCGCGUGCACCUGGACGUGCUGAAGGGCAGAUUCCUCAGCCUGUCGUUCCUGAUGUACGCGGCCGUGUUCGCGUGUGGGCUAGUUAGCAGCGCGUACGUGCUCAGGAGACAUCCGCCCGGCAGCGGCAGCCGCGCGCGCGCGAUCGCGCUGGGCGGCACCGCCGGCUGCAUCGCGGGCAACAUGUCCUUCCUGAGUUCGGCGCUCAGGACUGCUGUGCGCUCGUCCGUGCAGACGGACGACUGGAGCGCGUUCGAGUCGCCUUUUCCGUACGUCCUCAUUGUCUGUGCGUCGUAG